AUGUUUCGUAGCUUAAUUUCAAGACAAGGUUCAGUUAUUCCGGUUCGAGGAAAUGUGCUUCAAACUUCAGUAAGAUUUGCCGGUCAUUCCAAAUGGGCCAAUAUCAAACAUGACAAAGCCAAAAACGAUGCCAAAAAAUCCAAAGAAGCCCUUUAUGUUACCAGAAGAAUUGAAUCUUGUGUCAAACAAUACGGAAAGGAGUCAAAUCCUCAAUUGGACUCAUUGUUGGAAAGAGCAAGAAAACUCAAUGUCACCAAAGCGGUAAUCACUAAUGCUAUUAAACGUGGAGCAGGGGAAAUGGCAGCUGAUGGACCAGCUUUGUCUGAAGUUCAAUAUGAAUUCAUGGGUCUUGGUGGGAUAGCGAUGAUUGUUACAGCUAGUACUGAUAAUAAAACAAGAACAAUUCUGAAGGUUAAAAAUGCCCUUCUGUAUCUUUCUGCAUCAUUGAGUCCUUGUUUAUAUAUGUUUGAAAGAAAAGGAGAAAUUGUGUUUUAUCCAAAAGAAACUAAGCCAGCUGAAGAUUUUGAUACUGUAUUUGAAACUGCUUUAGAAAUUGGUGCUGAGGAUUUUGAAGAAGUAGAGACUGAUAAGACACCAUUAUAUAGAAUUGUUUGUGAUACGAAGGAUAUUCCAAAUAUUGUAACUGAGUUGAAGAAUAAGGGUUAUAAAUUACAGGAUUCAUCUACAAGAUAUUUCGCCAAUGUCGAUAGUAUAGUUCCAUUCCCUGAUGAUCACAUCAAGGCAUUUGAUAAAACGUUGCAGGAAUUGGAUGAUAUCCAAGAGGUUGUUGACUAUUAUACCAAUAUUGAGGAUGAACAUAUUGGACGUUUACAAGACAGCAUUUGA